CAUUCGAUAACUGUAAAGCAACUCUGAAUCGCCACGCUUGCAAGAACGAGGCUACAAGUUUCCUGUCUUGACGAACUCUCGUUCACUUUGUUCAAGUCUGUCGCCGUAUACGCAUAGACUUCGUGAUUUCUCAUUCAAUUUAUUCGAGACUAUCCUAUAAACCAACAUGGGCAAGGAAAAGAUUCACAUCAACAUUGUCGUGAUUGGACACGUCGAUUCCGGCAAGUCCACCACCACCGGUCACUUGAUCUACAAGUGCGGCGGUAUCGACAAGCGUACCAUUGAGAAGUUCGAGAAGGAGGCUCAGGAGAUGGGCAAGGGAUCCUUCAAGUACGCAUGGGUUUUGGAUAAAUUGAAGGCCGAGCGUGAGCGUGGUAUCACCAUCGAUAUCGCUCUGUGGAAGUUCGAGACUGCCAAGUACUACGUGACCAUCAUUGAUGCUCCCGGCCACAGAGAUUUCAUCAAGAACAUGAUCACUGGUACCUCCCAGGCUGAUUGUGCCGUCUUGAUUGUUGCUGCUGGUACUGGUGAGUUCGAGGCUGGUAUCUCCAAGAACGGUCAGACCCGCGAGCACGCUCUGCUUGCCUUCACCCUGGGUGUGAAGCAGUUGAUCGUUGGUGUCAACAAGAUGGACUCCUCCGAGCCACCAUACAGCGAGUCCCGCUACGAGGAAAUCAAGAAGGAAGUGUCUUCCUACAUCAAGAAGAUCGGCUACAACCCAGCUGCCGUUGCCUUCGUGCCCAUUUCCGGAUGGCACGGCGACAACAUGUUGGAACCAUCGACCAACAUGAACUGGUUCAAGGGAUGGAAGGUGGAGCGCAAGGAUGGCAACGCCGAUGGCAAGACCCUCAUCGAAGCCCUCGACGCCAUUCUGCCACCCAGCCGUCCCACCGACAAGGCCCUCCGUCUGCCCCUGCAGGAUGUCUACAAAAUUGGCGGUAUUGGAACAGUACCCGUCGGUCGUGUGGAGACUGGCAUCCUGAAGCCCGGAUGCGUUGUUGUCUUCGCCCCAGCCAACAUCACCACUGAGGUCAAGUCCGUGGAGAUGCACCACGAAGCCCUCACCGAGGCCGUUCCCGGAGACAACGUUGGCUUCAACGUCAAGAACGUGUCCGUCAAGGAGCUGCGUCGUGGCUAUGUUGCCGGUGACUCCAAGGCCAGCCCACCCAAGGGUGCUGCUGACUUCACCGCUCAGGUCAUCGUGCUGAACCACCCUGGCCAGAUUGCCAACGGCUACACUCCAGUGUUGGAUUGCCACACCGCUCACAUUGCUUGCAAGUUCGCUGAGAUCAAGGAGAAGGUCGAUCGUCGUUCCGGCAAGACCACCGAGGAGAACCCCAAGUUCAUCAAGUCUGGUGAUGCUGCCAUCGUCAACUUGGUGCCAUCCAAGCCUCUGUGCGUUGAGUCCUUCCAGGAGUUCCCUCCUCUAGGUCGUUUCGCUGUCCGUGACAUGAGACAGACUGUCGCUGUCGGUGUCAUCAAGGCUGUCAACUUCAAGGAUGCUUCCGGUGGCAAGGUCACCAAGGCCGCCGAGAAGGCCACCAAGGGCAAGAAGUAGCUGGUUUCCUUCGACACUACCAACAUCAAUAAUAUUAACAUCAAUAAUAAUAUGAAGCAACAGCCACAACUCAACAACAACAGCAACAGCAAUACAAGCAGCAGCAACAGUAAGCACAACAGUAGAACAACACAAACACCUGUCCUGGGCAAGAC